UGAGUGCGUUUGUUUUGUUCACGUUGUAUGUAGUCCAAGCCAUACUGUAGUUGCUUUUAAGUUUUGUUUGCGUGUGGGUCGUCCGAGUACAGAGUGAGGAUGUGAUCGUCUGUCGGAUCUUACAUUCGUUGUACAUUGUUGACGUGGAUCUGGCAGUGCUGGUAGAGUUUUAUGUUGAUCUCCCACUCGGGCCUGGAUUUUAAAUACUGCAAAACGAUGUCAUGACAGCCAAUAUCUUUUUGUGACGUGACUUUAAUAUCUUACAGUAGUUUCAGUAUUGCUUACGUGAAGAACAAUACAUACCCUAAGGGGACUGAACGAAAAAUAUGAGAAUCUUUCAAGAAGUAUCCAUCAGAUGGAGAUGCAAUUUUCUUUCAUUGCUGUUUCUUUUGAGCUGUAGCAUUAAGUUUGCAAGCUGUGCGGAUCUUGCAAUCCAAAUCCCAGGGAAUCUCAGUCAAGAUGGGCUUUAUCGUUUAGACUACUCACCACCACAUGGGAAGCCGGCACCAAAUACUACAAUUGCCUCAAAGGAUAUUGGAGACGUUAUAGAAUUUUCUCAAGGUCUUCCUGGCACAAAAUACAACUUUUGGCUGUAUUACUCAAAUUCCAGCUUCCAAGAUCUGUUGACGUGGACAGCUUCAAUCACAACAGCACCUGAUGCACCAACCAAUCUUUCUGUAACCGUCCAUAGUGGUAAAGUGACUGAUGUAUCUUGGAGUCCUCCACUUGUUGGCCAUGCCUCGGGAUAUAAGAUUAAGGUUUUGACUAUUGGAGACUCAAGGGAACCCCCCCGUGUUGUACUACAAGAGGAAGAGACUGGUCUGCAUUAUCGUUUGCAGAAUCUCACACCUGGUGGCUCGUAUCAAGUCCAAUUGCUAACUGUUUAUGAAGGAAAAGAAAGUCUUGUAUAUAUUUCAAGGAAUUUUACUACAAAACCUAACACACCAGGAAAAUUCAUUGUUUGGUUCAGAAAUGAAACUACAUUACUGGUCCUGUGGCAGCCACCAUACCCACCAGGCAUAUUCACACACUAUAAGGUAUCCAUUGACCCUGAUGAUGCUGUGCAGAGUGUUUUGUAUGUGGAAAAAGAAGGUGACCCUCCAGGGCCAGCUCAGGCAGCUUUCCAAGGACUGGUGCCAGGACGAGCAUACAAUAUUUCUGUACAGACAGUGAGUGAAGAUGAAAUAUCAACACCAACAACAGCACAGUACAGAACAGUUCCCUUAAGGCCUCUAAAUUUGACAUUUGACAGAUCUUCUAUAACAGAGACAUCAUUUAGGGUAGAAUGGCAGCCUCCCAAAGGAAAGAGUGAAUUUGAUAAAUACCAGGUGUUAAUAGCAGCAGGACUUCGAAGACCCACACCUGUAUCUGUAAACAGAGGGGAGCCAACUGUUUGGGAGUUCAAGGAAAAUCUGGAGCCAGGUCACACAUACCAGGUGGUAAUAAAAACUGUUUCUGGAAAGGUCACCAGCUGGCCGGUUACAGGAAAUGUCACGUUAAAGCCUCUGCCAGUCCUGGAUGUACAAGCAGUUACUGAUGAGAGUACUGGUCUUGUGUCAAUUACAUGGACACCAGAUAACUCAAGUUUUCAGGAUAAUUACAAGAUAAGUUAUCACGAGGUGGAGACUGUUCAGGGGGACACUAACUGGCUGUAUGUUGACAAACCUCAUGUAGUGGUGGAGUCUCUACUUCCCGGUCGAAACUAUUCCAUCACAGUGCAAGCAGUCUCUAAUCAGUUAGAAAGCAAUGGAACCAGCAUCUAUGCUGCCACUAGACCCUCCGCACCCAUCAUUAAAGACCUGCUGCCCAUGGAGAAAGGUUUGAACAUUACUUGGAAAUGUGACGUUCAGACUCGCCAGGACAAGUUUGAAGUGAUAUACAAGAGGAAUGACACAGGACAAAGUGUGACAAAAGUAACAACUCUGUCAUAUGUUCUGCUGGAGGACCUGUACCCUGGAGCAGGCUAUGAAGUGAAAGUAUUUGCUAUCAGUCAUGGUCUACGAAGUGAGCCACAUGAAUACUUCCAGGCUGUGUAUCCCUACCCACCUCAGAACUUAACCAUUGAGCGGACAACAAGUAAUUCAAUUUUAGUUCGUUGGGAUGCCCCGAAGAAUACUUUAUUUUCUGAUUUUUUGAUCAAGUAUCGCACAGAGGAUGAAACAUCUUGGGUUAAACUGCCACUUUUACAAGUACCUGAAGCUGAAAUUGCUGAUAUGACACCUGGUGAGAAGUACAUAAUUCAGGUAACAACUGUCAGCUAUGGUGUAGAAAGUAAUAAACCACAAGAAGUCAACAACACAGUCCGACCCAACCCUGUAACAGCCAUAGCAGUCCUAGUUGACUCAUCUAAUGUGACUCUCGAAUGGCCUCGCCCAGAGGGCCGUAUUGAGUAUUAUGUUAUCAAAUGGCGUGCAGAAGAUGACCCAGACACUGCUGAACAGACACGUAAUUUGACAGAACAGAAUGUUCAUGGCGUGUCACUUGGUUCCAAACCACCACUUGUGAGGAUGCUCAUAGGUGAUCUCAUGCCAGGCCUGAAGUACUUCUUCCAGAUUCAUACAGUUUCACAUGGAAUGAAGAGUGAUAAUACAACUCUUUCCAAACGAACCAUGCCCUUAAUACAAUCAGAAGUUGUGCCAGUACUGGAGGCCACAGCAACAGAUUCGAUGACACUUCGCUACACUCCUACACCUCAGUCUGUUUCACAUUUUGAUCACUACCGUUUUGAGCUUUCGGAUCCAAGCAUUCCACCUAUUGAAAAGGCAGCCAAUGACACAGAAACAAAGGUCACCUUCACAGGCCUUGUACCAGGAAAGCUGUACAACAUUACCGUUUGGACUGUGUCAGAUGGUAUCUUCAGUCAACCACAACUUCGACAGGACCGCCUAUAUCCAGAACCUGUUUCCUCAAUAAAUGCCACAAAAAUUACUGACACGCAGAUUACUCUGACUUGGAUUCCUCCACGUGGUGAACUGAGUGAUUUUGAGGUUACCUACCAGAAUGCUGAUGGCUUGCUUAUCCAUAACUUAACAAAACUGAACAGUAUUACUAUCUCAAACCUUAAACCCCACUGGAACUAUACAUUCACAGUGGUCGUCCGGUCAGGAACAGAGUCAUCAUUUUUAAAACCAUCUGUCCCCGCUUCGGGAAUCUUCACAACUGAAGAGUCUGUACCUGGAAUGGUUGAAAAUUUCCAUCCCACAGAAGUUCAACCAAGCUACAUUACCUUCACUUGGAUGCUUCCAGGUGAUGCACAGAAUGGAGUUAUAAAAAAGUUUACAAUAACGUAUGGACUUGAGCUUUCUACACAUACACAAAGCCGAGAUUUCUUACCAACUGAGUUUAGUGGUACUAUAAGGACUCUGAUACCUGGAAAGACAUACAUCUUCAAAAUACAGGCAGAAACCAAAGUCGGUUAUGGACCUGAAGCGAAGUGGAAAGCUAAAAUGCCUAUAUUUGCUCCACCCAAGCCAAACACUCAGGUAUUUCCAACUGAAGUGUCCCGCAGUUCUACCACGAUCAAGAUACGCUUCCGCAAGAAUUAUUUUUCAGAACAAAAUGGAGCUAUCACAUCUUACACAAUUAUUGUAGCUGAAGAUGACAGUAAAAAUGCUUCGGGGUUGGAGAUGCCCAGCUGGAGAGACGUUCAAGCGUACAGUGUUUGGCCUCCAUAUCAGGUUCUAGAUCCGUACAACCCCUUCAAGAACUCUACUGUUGAAGAUUUCACUAUUGGAACAGAGAGCUGUGAUAUGCGAAAGUUGGGCUAUUGCAAUGGUGCAUUGAAGUCUGGAUCCACGUAUAAAGUGAAGAUUCGUGCCUUCACUGAUGUGGACAAAUUUACUGAUACUUACUAUUCAUUUCCAAUACAGACAGAUCAAGAUAACACACCAGUUGUUGUGGGAACUGUUGUGCCUUUAAUAUUAUUGUUACUGCUUGCAAUAACAGUGUGGACACUUCGUCGUCAGAAAAGAUCAAAGCGAAAAACUGCAGAAAGCAGAGGAAAUGAUAACUUGUCUAUACCUGACAGUAUAAUUGAAACAAGCAGACCUAUCAGACUGGAAAACUUUGCAGAACACUAUCGCAUCAUGUCUGCUGAUUCUGAUUUCCGAUUCUCUGAAGAGUUUGAGGAACUUAAACACAUUGGCCGUGACCAGCCAUGCAGUGCAGCUGACUUGCCAUGCAAUCGCCCGAAGAAUCGCUUCACCAAUAUCUUGCCUUAUGAUCAUUCUCGUUUUAAACUGCAACCUGUGGAUGAUGAAGAAGGUUCUGAUUACAUAAAUGCCAACUAUGUGCCUGGUCAUAAUUCACCAAGAGAAUUCUUGGUAACACAAGGACCAUUGCAUUCCACACGUGAUGAUUUCUGGCGUAUGUGUUGGGAGAGUAAUUCACGGGCAAUAGUUAUGCUGACUCGUUGCAUUGAGAAGGGGAGGGAAAAGUGUGACCAUUAUUGGCCAUAUGACACGAUGCCAGUCUACUAUGGAGACAUCUCUGUCCAGAUUCUGAAUGACAGUCAUUAUCCUGAUUGGAGUGUGACUGAGUUUAUGAUGUGCCGUGGUGAUGUAUCAAGAGUAAUAAGGCAUUUUCAUUUCACAACAUGGCCUGAUUUUGGUGUUCCAAGCCCUCCUCAGACACUGGUGCGUUUUGUAAGGGCCUUCAGAGAGCGUGUUGGCCCUGAUCAGAGACCAAUUGUUGUCCAUUGCAGUGCUGGUGUUGGACGUUCCGGUACCUUCAUUGCUCUUGAUCGACUGUUACAGCAGAUUAAUGUCUCGGAUCAUGUUGACAUAUUUGGUAUCGUAUGGCAGAUGCGAAAGGAGCGUGUCUGGAUGGUGCAGACUGAACAACAGUACAUAUGCAUUCAUCAGUGCCUAUUGGCAGUUUUAGAAGGGAAAGAAAAUCAGGGACCACUCAGAGAAAUACAUGAUAAUCAGGGUUUUGAAGGUAAGAACCAGAGCCUGGAUGCAUCACUUGACACUUCCGUGGGUGAGAAGGAGAGAUGACGGUGGUGGUUGUGCCCUCAUGGUGGUGGGAUGAUGAGGGCAUUGCUGAAUCUGGGAUGUGACCAGUACAAAUUCUGGAAAGACAAUAAUGGUGGUUGAGUUAUUGUGGGCUGCUGUGAUUCAUUUCCAUGAAAUAUGGUGGAGCUUCUUACAACCUUUUACAGUUACAACGUGUUUUAGUGAAUGAAACAUAUGGAUUUUUAUAUUUUAUAAGACUUUUAAUGAAGCAGAGUUUUUGGUGACCACAGUGUCAGCAUAUUCAUUGGUGCUAUAAAGAGUCAAUAAGAAUCUGCAGUGUGUUAAAGGAACUGAACUUAAUGUCUCCAUGUGUGUGUCAAAAAUACUCUCAGCAACAGUUUGCUACAGAAUAUCUUCCAUGUAGGUGAGAUUAUAUAUUUUGACAGAUGACUUUUUAAUAUAAUAGUUUUAUGCUGUAUUUUAUAUUUUAAUGACCUUAUUGUAAGGAAAAGUUUCUGCAAAAAGGUAUUUUAAGAUUUGUUUCUUAUACGUCACAUUUGUGGCUGUCAUAAUUUUGCAGUAUUGAUUUGGAAAGAAAAUCAGUCCUGUGCUUGCAGGUUUUGUGCCAGAUACAUUCCUUAUUGCCUUAUGUUAUUUAACUGUAGUAUAAAGAAAAAUGCUGUAUACAUGUGGGAGAAUGCUAUGUAGAAUCUCAUUUUCUAUGGAAAUUAAUCCCUGUUCAUAAUGGUGAACUGAUUGAUAAUUCUCAUUUCAUGUUGUUGUUAUCUUUAAAAUAGAAGCCCAGUAUUAUUUCUAUUAUUACAAUAGUCUUCAAAUAGUAAAUAAUAUACAGAUAACACUAUAAACAGAUUAGUGUGGCAGCUUUGAUUAAAAAUGUACAAGAGUAGGAAUAACAGGGAAAUACUUUGUCUUUCACUGGUGAGUGCCUAUGAUCUGGAUCUGGCUUAUGCUGGAGGAAACCCACAGAUGAUGUCAGUGUAUUUGCAUUAUUCAUUUUCUGAUCUUGUUUCCUUUCUGACUAAAUCACUACAUUCAUAGCACAAAAUGAUAAGCAAUAAAUCAACAGAUUUGUCAGUAUAAUUUUGUGCCAUUUAUAGCUUUUUAUAUGAAAAAACUAAUUUUAUUGCAAAGUUCAGUUAAUGAAUAAUGAGAAGAGACUGAGGUGAGGCAUGUGAAUGUUUAUGUGAAGUUAAGAGAGAUAAACAGAUAUUAUUUAGUGGCCUUCAGCAGUAUGUUAGGGUUGACAACAUUUAAUAAGGCAGCUGUUUGUACAUUGUACAAUCACAAAUUAAGUAUUGGGUUACAGUGCAGCAAAUGAAAAUAGUGCCAUGAGUUGCACUCAAGUAUAAGAUGCUGUUGACUGAUGAAUCUCUGAUGUACUUUCCUUGGUCUCGGUGCACUAUGGUAGAAGCUAUCUUAAUGUAGGCAUGGAAUCAUAAUGUUGAGCAUCUACCAUGGAACACCUUACUUAUUUUACUGUUGGACAGCAUAUUAUUUUUGUAUAAUAAAUUUGACCUAUAAGCCUGACUUUUCUAUUGUCAUGCUGGAAAGAUGCAGGGAAUGUAAUUUGGAAAGAAAGAGUUUCUUGUGUCUGUUUUAAGGAUGUUUGACAACAUUGUGUGCAUGCUUUUGUUGUGUAAGUGCUGUUUAUUGGCUUCCUGUCUCUUUUCAUGUUGUGAUAAUUCUUGUUGUCUCUAUCAUUAACAUACAGGCCUAUUUAUAAAUAAUGAUAUAAAUUGCUCCAAAUGAUGAUUUUAUUUUUUUGGCAUUUUCUUUAGUCUCAUUUCUUCACUCAUGUGAAAUCUGAUGAACACAUGAUUUUUUAUAAAAUAAAGAAACCAGACUGUACCUGCAAAUUGUUUACAUUCU